AUGGCGCAAGAGAGAAGGAAACUGAUCAAUGAUUGUAUGGCAUUGUGCUUUGGUGAUGUGCUCGCCUCAGUUGAAUUAAGGCAGGAACACCAAGGACUGUCCAACACUGAGGCAUUGGCUAUAUUACAUGACCAAUUGUCUGCACUUCUAUCAGACCAUAAAAAUGUCAAAAGGAAAGAACAUGGAAGAAGAUGGAAAGAGCAACAACAAUUCAACAAAGAGAACCAGUGGCAGAGUGAAGCUCUGGCAAUGAAUACUGAAAACAGUAUCAAAUUCUUAGACAGUCAGAGAACGAUCUGGAGAAGUAGUUUUUUGCACCAUUCAAAUCGCUGGUCAAGCUUCCAUUGGCCAGGAGCAUUGCUGUUGCUCCUGGCAACCAUUGCCCUAGCUGGCUGCUAUCAUAUUCAGUCACCUAAGAGUCAGGACCUGAGACUCAUUAAUGAAUCUGCACUGCUUUUCUUCCUUGUGAUAAACCUAAGUGCAAUUGGACUGCAGCAGUGGCUAAAAUGUCAAGAGAUCCCACAGAGGGUCCAGGCUAUUCUGCAAAGAAUAAAGGUUUUAAUUAGGACUCCAGAAUUUGGAAUGAAUGAUUUUUGUCAUGAACUGUACAAUCCUCCUUUGGAUUCCAUAUCUCUCCAAUGGACCUACAGAGAUGGGCAAUUGGUAAAUCUGCCUGCUAGUAUGCUGGUUGAGGGAGAUAUUAUAGCCCUGAGACCAGGGCAGAAAGCACCAACAUCUCUUAGAGGAAUUGAGGAUGAAGAACAUGUGAUCUUGGAUAGAGAUGACAUCUUUUGCCAGUUCUCCUCUCCUCCAUCACCAGUUCAGAACAAAAAAUCUCACACCCACAGUCUUCUGAAGCCUCAUCCUUUCAGAGUAACUAAAACACCAAUGGUUGAGAAUAUCCAGCGGUGCCUUGAAUUGGGACAGGAAAGACCUGUGACUGUACUGAAUAAUGAACGCUUCACUGCUUAGAGGCUUCUCGAGAAAUACGUUGCUCCAAUGGUUUUGGUGGUGUUACUGAUUAUCAAUGGUCUGCGGUUUGUAAUUGGUGCUCCAGGGAUAGGUUCAUGGCAAGUUACCCUUCUACAACUCCAGGUAAACAGUGUCCUCCCCUUAUUGCCUCUAUCAUUUCCUAUACUUUGGUUUCUAAUCAAUGCCUAUGGUGAAGCUCGGAUGGUUGCCUUGUUACUAAAGCCCACAGAAAACUGGAUUGAGACAUGGAGAAUGUUCUGGGCUACCAUACGAGGGAAUGCUCCUGCCCUAAGUCAAACUUCUAGUCUACUCCACAAUCUUUGUUCUAUUACAGUGCUUUGUUGUGUGGAUAAACAAGGAAUCCUCUCCUGGCCCAGUUCAUGCCCGGACAAAGUAUUUUUCUUCGCUGAUUCAUGGCGUCGAGCCAAGCCACAGGAUGAAAACCUCACAGCCUCGAUCAGUCUGAAGACUGCUCCCUCCACCCGUUGCACAAUGCAGCGAGGAAAUGAACGCCCUGAGUUGCCAUCCGAUGCAGUAAUGGUGGAUCAUCAGACCAACUUUGCUAUAGAAAUGCUCAGCCUCUCCCAGGAUCAGCAGGACCCAACUCACAUUUGGUUUGAUGAUUCCGACUGGCAACAGCACAGUGCCUCACUAAAGCUACUUGGUCUUGGCAUCCUGCUUGGUCUUUGUGAUCCUACUUCAGCAGCCAGACUAUUCCAGAUGACUGAUCACCUUUCCCACAUAGCUUUGAUGAAGAGCCGAUGGAGCUGUUUGCCUGUUCAAUUAUCAGUGCGGCUAUGUGAACUACCACGGAUCAUUGGUAAAAUUGUAAUAUCGUGCAGUAUGUUUAAUUUGAUGACAAUAUUAUUCAUGUUUGACCAGAACUUCCUGGGUCCUCUGAGAGUGAAGCUGAGUGGCGAGAAACCUGGAAAAAUGGCAGUGGUUGGUGACAGGCAGGGUGCCCAACUAUCUACCUAUCACUAUGCCACUUUGCCAAUAUCGAGAAAGAUAGCAGUUCAGAUACCCAUUGAAAAGAUAGUCAAGCCACUUAAGUGCACAACUCCUGUAGUGAUUGGAAGGAGAGCGAAAUUGAUGCAGCUAUUCUCCUAUGGGUCCGCUGACACAAUCUUAGAUGCUUGCAGUGAAUUUUGGGAUGGAAAUGAUAUUUGUCCACUUUCUAGAUGCACCAGAAAGAAAAUCUUUGAUUUUUAUUAACGUGCCUGUCUGACUGGAGAGUGCAUUGCCUUAUCUUAUAAGCCAAUGUUCCAUACCUUGCAUCCCAGUGAUGAUGAGAAGUGUCUCCAAGUACCUUUGAAAACUAAACGCUGCAGCCAAACAGAUACCUCAGCAGCAUUGGACCUGGACGAAUUAACUUUUGAUCAGGAAGAUAAUUUGCACCCCCUUGGCGAUCAGAUCUUACUUGGUCUCAUAUCUUCCCAAUACCAAGCCAGACUAGACAUGGUCCAUCUGAUAGAUGGUUUAGGUAACACCUGCAUCAGAUUUGUUUACUUUUCCUUGGAAGAUGAGCUAAAAAGCAAGGAAUUUGCUGAGAAGAUGGGCCUAGAGACUGGCUGGAAUUGUCACAUCUCAUUGCAGUCGAAUGGUUUUGUUCUAGAUCCAGAUCAUCUAAUGCCCACUUCUCAAAAUAUUGUCGACCAACAAGAUUCUGAGAUUCAGAGACUGAUGAGAGACGAUGGGAGUCUACCAGAAACAGAUGAGGAAAGGACGCCAAGCAGUAAUACAUGCAGCUUUAUAGAGGAUCUCAACAGGGCUAAAUUACCCAGGGGAAUUGAGAACAUUCGGCCACACCUGGAACAUGUUGACAAUGUUCCUCUUUUGGUUCCGCUUUUUACAGACUGCACUGCAGAGACCAUAUGCGAGAUGGUGAAAAUAAUGCAGGAGUUUGGAGAAGUGGUUUGCUGCCUUGGAAGUUCUCUUAACAAUAGGAACAUUGGAAUUUUUCUACAGAGUGAUAUCAGCUUUUCCUUGGAUCCUUUGAGUCCGUCUUGCUGCAGGCAGACUUGCCACAAAGAUUGUGAACAUUUGACAUCAUUCUUACAGAAAACUACUCCAGUCUACUUGUCCAGCCUCUUUGGUAGCUUAGCAAGUUCUGUGCACUUCAGAAGCCAUGGCAAUAUCAGCAUAAUCGAGCUAAUCAAACAGGCUCGACAAAUGAGCUCAGGAAUUAGGAAAUGCUUUCUGCUUCACCUUCAGUGCCAACUUUCUCUGACAAUGAUACAGGUUCUGGCUUCUUUGGCUCAGCUACCCCCACCUCUUGGGACAACAGACAUGCUUUGUCUCACCUGUGUUUACUUCCCUCUCGUAAGCAUGUCCCUCAUGGGAAAACCUCCAGAUAAUACUGUGAUGAAAGUGGCUACAGGAAAGAACCUCAAGAUCUUACCAAAAAAGACCCAACGGUUUUUUGUGCUGUAUUUUCUGGUGAAGUCUGGCUUGACUGUCUGCUUGCAGUUGACAUGCUUUGGAUUAAUGCUGCACGGAUUCUGUAUGAAAGAACAGCCUAAAACCAAUUUCUCUUGCCAUCCAUUUGGACCAUUCAUGAAUCCAAGUUAUGUGUCACCGAAUUGGUUUGAAGAAUAUUGGAAUGCUCUUAUGCUGGCUCAGAAGAUAGUAGCUUUUUUCAUCCUUCUACAUGGAUUGUGUACAUCAAUGAGUCAUGUUCAUAGAUCCAAUCCAUUAUGGAAACAAAGUCCACUAAGUAACCAUUGGUGGUGUGCUGCCAUCAUUAUUGCGUUUCUUCUUCAUGUGGUUCAAAUAAAUGUAGCCUACUACAUAUGGGAUAAUAAAUCCUCACAUCUUAUUUUUCACAUCUUGGACAUUCCUUCAGCAACUUGGCUUCUUGGUUUCCUCUGGCUGUUCCCAUUGAUGGUUAUCAAUGAAUUUCUUAAACUUCAUGAAAUUAGGUGA